AGGGUUGUUUUGGCGCGCGUGCAGAUUCCGCACGGCACGAGGACUUUCGCUGUGCGGGACGGGCUUGUAGCGGGGCCUUUUAAACCGGGUUUUAAAGUGCACCAUGGGUAAGAAGCAGAACGGCAAGGCCAAGAAGGAGGUGGAGCCAGCGGAGGAGUUUGUGGUGGAGAAGGUCAUCGACCAGCGCAUUGUGAAUGGGAAGGUGGAGUACUUCCUGAAGUGGAAAGGUUUUUCAGAGGCUGACAACACCUGGGAGCCAGAGGAGAACCUGGACUGUCCCGAGCUGAUCCAGGCCUUCCUGGCAGCGCAGAAGGGCAGCGCCGAUCGGCCCGACCGGCCCGACUCCAACAAGAGGAAGAGCACCAGCGAGGAGCCCGAGCAGGACAGCAGCAAAGCCAAGAAGAAGAAGGAUGCGCAGGGUGAGAAGCCUCGAGGAUUUGCCCGGAACCUGGAGCCGGAGCGGAUCAUUGGUGCCACGGACAGCAGCGGGGAGCUGAUGUUUCUCAUGAAAUGGAAGGACUCUGACGAGGCCGACCUGGUUCCAGCCAAGGAGGCGAACACGCGCUGUCCGCAGGUCGUGAUCGCCUUCUACGAAGAGCGCCUGACCUGGCACUCCUGUCCAGAGGACGAGCAGCAGUAGGCUCUGCCCCUGUCCCGCCCCCUGCCCCUCCCCCAUAGGUGUAGUCGUUUUUUUUUUUUAACCUGUCUCUUUUGGGCAGUUUAGUUUUUAAUGUUGGUGCAGGGCAGCCACAGUCCUGGCUGUGCUGCACACGUUUUUAGCACUAGGAUGUCUGGGGGGGUCAGCAGUGGAGUUUACAGGCUGGUGGGGGUGGGGGUGGGGGGCCCCCACACACGAGAUCCACAACCUUUGGAAAGCACCACACAAGGGCUGGUGGGAGAUGUAGUCAUGAACUGGUGUGACAGUCCUCAGAUGCUAAAGACUACACUUCCCAGCAGCAAUAAGCAUUUUCCCUGCUGAGCCCUGCUCAGGCCAUGUGCUGGCUGUUACCAGGACAACCUACACCAUGGUAACUAUGGAAAUGCCGCAGGUGUGAUGCGGCUGGGUUGAAGUUGCAGCAUGGUUGCAGGAGUGUGUGACUCUGGAGGGAACGAGCAGAAACGCCUGUUUAAUAAGCCGUUGUUUCAGUGUCAGUUUGUCUGUUUUGUAGAUGUAAGACUGGAACCUCAGAGCCGAUUGUGCUUUUUUUUUUUUUUUUUUUUUUUAAUUUCUCAAACCAUCUGACGAUUGGUCAGUUUCUUUCUUUGCCAC